UUCAACCAUCAUCGUGAGAUCGAGUCACGCUCGAUUCGAUCGCUUAUUUCUGCGGCCGACUCAGCUUCGCAUUACAAGAAGAGCAGGUCCUCGCAAAUUUUUGUGGCUUCGCGCGCUCGGCCAACUCCCGUUCGGCAGCAGAGCGCGAAUCGCACGAUCUAGCUAGCUGCAUCAGCAGUGAAACACGUUGAAGCGGCUGGCUGCAUACCGAUGACUGUCAGAAGAGAGGCGGUCUGCAAGCGUCAGAGCGUCAAGAAGUCAAGAGUCGCAAGGGUCUUCAGUGUUAUAAGGAGCUGCAUCUUCGAGGAGGACCUUCGCCUCUCUCCAACCUAUCAGCGCCCCACAUUCAAACUUGACCAACAUUGCUGAGCUGUAGCAUCCGCUUCCGCGCUGGUACCGAAGCUGGUUCGCCAUUGGCAAGGCAGCAAAUAUGUCUGCACUUCGGCCCACCCUCAGCAGCAGCGGUGCAGCACGAGCUGCGCCCGAUGCUAGACAACAAGCUCUGCUAGAGACGCUGCGACCUCACCGCUCUUCUCUACCCACCACACUCUACCUCUUGUCGUUCUGUCCAAAACUCUCUUACCGGCCUCGUGAAUUCUUCAGGCAUCCAGGAGUCAUCUACGCCCUCGGAUUCUUCAGCGCCCUGGUCGCCGGUCUUGGCAUCUUGUCCCUCGACAUUCUCUAUGGUGUAGUGUGGACAGCACAGAUCAGCGGACCUGAUGUUUCCGACUCCGUGAUCAGAUCUUCCUCGAACAGGACAGCAUGGAUCAUGACUAUAUGCGCCUGCAUCUACUUUGUCUUCUGUUGGGUCUUCUUGGCUUGCUUCUCUUCCGCAUCUCAUCAGCUCACCCAAAGAUUGGCACACGCAUACGUCGCCUCUUGCCUCUCUCAAGAUGCUGCGUUUCACGACAAACACGGAGCUGGCGAAAUUGCGACACACGCGGGCAAGGAAGUUGGACUGAUCAGAGUGGUGUAUGGCGAAAAGCUCGGCUUCGUUGUGUGGUCAAUGUCCACUCUGGUCGCCUCGGUAAUCACUGGCUUCAUCAAGAAUGCGCGCGUAGCGGGAACGUUAUUCUCCCUGAUCCCUUUCGCCAUCAUCCUCUUUACCGUCAUUGCCAUCUACCGGGAAAAGGUGGCUGGACCCUUGCUUAGACUAGAAGGCCAAGCCAGUAGCUUCACAGAAGAAUGUCUUUCUGGCGCACGGAUCCUACAAGCGUUCGGUAUGCGCUCUCAUGUCGUCAAGCGAUUCGAUGAAGCAUACCUGCGGCCUCUCCGUCAGCUGGGUAUUCAGCGUGGAUACUAUCGCAGUGGGGAGACCGCAGUCUUCUGGUUCACAGUCAUGCUUUCGUAUCCGCUGGCUUUCUUCGCUAUCGCUAGGUUCUUCGGAGAGACCGGCCCUUCACUCACCGCUUUCUGGAACUACCUUAAUGCUCUAUUCGCGAUGGCAAACGUGGCACCCAUGGUCUCCAGCCUUGUCGACGCCCACUCUGCCAUGACAUUCCUUCGCCGCACUAUCGAGCGGCAACCACUCAUCGAGCUUCGGGAUGCCGGUGGCGAGAAACCCGUUCUCACUGGACCUCCCUCCGUGGAUCUAGUUGACGUGCGGCUUGCAUACCCAAGUCGCCCAAGCAUUGCCAGUCUCGAUGGCGUCUCGCUCCACAUUCCUGCCGGAAAGGUCACAGCUUUGGUCGGCCAAAGCGGAUCCGGCAAGAGCACAAUUACUGAAUUACUGAUGCGCUCAUAUGAUCCCUUGACCUCCAAUUUGAUUCGGGAAGAUGAUGCUGCAGAUGAAGCAGCUGAUCGCGCCGCGCUAGGCCUGCAGACUGAAGAAGAAAAGGACGCUGCAGCGACGCAAAAGGAGAAGAGUGGUCUGCUACGAUCUGUCACCAAGCUGCGUCGCAAAACGACUGAGAGCAGCGAGAAGAGCGACGAGGCCGACGUCGAGUCUACGGCUGCCAUCAAGGCUAAAGGAAAGGCUCACAUCCAAGGCCAAGGCAAGGUCCUCUUUCAUGGUCACGAUUUGCGAGACCUCAACCUCAGCUGGCUCCGGUCGCAGAUCGCCAUUGUGCGACAAAUGCCGCAGGUCAUGUCAGCCACUAUCUUCGAGAAUGUGGCAGCGGGUCUCUGCGGUACGCCUUACGAGUAUCGCACCCCGAAAAGUGGACAGACCCUGUCACCAGAGGAGCAGACCCGAUAUAAUGCGAUCCGCGACAAGGUGGUCGAAGCACUCGAAAAGGCGCAAGCAUGGGCAUUCGUCUGCAAGCUACCGAAUGGCGUCGACACGCAUGUGUCGGGAGGCAAGACGGGACUGCUCUCUGGAGGCCAAAGACAGCGCAUCGCCAUUGCUCGAGCACUCAUCCGCCAGCCUGCACUGCUCAUUUUGGAUGAAGGCACAUCCGCCUUGGACUCCCAGAGCGAGGCCGGAAUUCGCGAGAUGCUGAAAGAGGAACAAGCCAAGCGCGGUAUGACGACUAUCCUCAUCGCUCACAGACUCAGUACGAUAGCACAUGCGGAUCAGAUCGUCGUUAUGCGAGCAGGACAGAUUGUCGAUCGUGCGACGACAGGAGUCCAAGAAGGCUCGGCUCACGAUCAGCUGAUGCAGGCCAAGCGCCAGGACGAGACUUACCGUACGAUGGUGCUGACGCAGCGUGCGGCUUUGUCACAAGACUCCACCUCCGACGAACCCCAGAGCGACGACGCAUCCGACGCAAGCUCGUGCGACGAGGUGCUCAAUUCCGACAUGGCGACUACUCGAGUGGCACCAUCACUUCAACCUUUCAGAUCUCCCUCGCACUCUUCAGGUCUUUCAAUGCACUCUCUUGCCCCUCGGCGCAGCCGAGUCACCGACAUUCCGAUGCCGAUGGCUGGGGGUCGCGGAGGUGUGCACUCUCAUCUGGGCCACGCCGAAGAAGCAGCCGCCCCCGCAGCUGAACAGAACGUAGACAGCGACGCAGGAACUCCGAAGAAGUAUCUGAGCAACUUUUUCAAGCUUGCUGGUCGAUACAAGAGUCUCUGGUUGAUCGGCAUUGUCGGAGGUAUUGCAACAGGUGUGGCCUUCCCAGUGGCUGGAUGGAGAACCGGACCUGCCGUUGAUGGUCUGACCAUUCCUCGCGAGACGAUGAAUGCCCUCAGAGUGUCCGUGACAAAUCGGAACGCCCUUUGGUUCUUCCUCAUCGCCAUUGCUGUUCUCCUCCUGGUCAUCAUCCACUCAAGUGCUCUGGAAGCGGCAUCGGAGUUGCUCGUGCGCAGACUCAAGGUGAUGGGCUUUGCCGCUGUGAUUCGACAAGAGAUUGGCUGGUUCGAUUCGCCGGACAAUCACCCUGGAUCGCUCACCUCUGCCGUCGCGACCAAUCCUCAGUCGGUGGCCGCGGCGACCGGUGUGAUCUUCGCACAGAUCUUGAUCGGCUCCGCCAACCUGAGCGGUAGCGUCGUGCUGGGCUUCAUCCUUAGCACUAGGUUCGCCCUAGUCGUCCACGCUCCAAUCGUUGCCAUUCUACUCGCUGGUGGGGUCAACGUCUACUUUUUGGAGCGCUACGAACGCGACGUCUCUGUUCCAGCUGGCCAUGCUGCAUCAUACGUGGCGGAGAAUAUGGACGCUGUGCGAGAAGUGGCUGCGCUCGGCAGAGAGCUCGAGAUCAUGCGAGUCUUCGAUGAGCGCGCAAAAGCAGCCCCUUCGAGGAACAGGUACCUCAUUUUUGGAGCGGGCGGCUUUGCCUUUGCUCAGGCCAUGGUGCUCUUCGUUUCUGCGCUCGUCUUCUACUGGGGAGGCCAGCUGUAUGCGGACGGCACUAUGUCUCAGAGCGUUCUCUACUCUGGCUUCGAAGCGGCAGUCAUUGGGACUUUCUCGGCAGGAAGGCUUCUCACAUUCCUGCCAGACAUAGGACGUGCAGCAGCAGCGUUCAAGAUGGUCAUUGGGUGGUCCGAACGAAAGCCCAAGAUUGCUUCGAUGAUCCCCGCCGAUGCACCUCCUACGCCCGAAGAGAAACGAUUCGCGGGGCUUGGCGACAUCGUUUUCAGUGACGUCGAAUUAAGAUACCCCCAGCGACCGGACCAUCCCGCUUUGCAGCACCUCGACUUGACCAUCAAGAGUGGCAAAACGCACGCUUUCGUCGGACCGAGUGGCAGCGGCAAGAGCACCAUCCUACAGCAGAUUGCGCGCUUCUACGAUCCCUGCCAAGGCACGCUAAAAGUGGGGGAUGUGGACGUGCGCAAAAUUCCGCUGGAAGAGUAUCGCGAAUGCAUCGCGCUGGUCAGUCAAGAACCGGUCCUGAUCAGUGGAAGCGUUCGAUGGAACCUGAGCCUAGGCGCCAGAGACCCUUCGAGCGUCACGCAAGAGCAGCUGGAAGAGGCGUGCGAACAAGCAAACAUCUUGGACUUCAUUAGGGGCUUGCCACAAGGCUUCGACACGGACUGUGGAACGAAGGGGACUCAACUUAGCGGUGGACAGAAGCAACGCAUCUGCAUCGCCAGAGCACUCAUGAGGGACCCGCAGAUCCUUUUGCUUGACGAAGCGACUAGCGCGCUGGAUGCUGAGUCGGAAGUAAGCGUGCAGAGAGCGCUUGACAAGGCGAGCAAAGGUCGCACCGUCGUCACCAUUGCCCAUCGACUGAGCACGAUCAGACACGCAGACACCAUUCAUGUGGUGGAGGAUGGUCAAAUCAGGGAAUCCGGUACACACUCGGCAUUGCUGGAAAGAAAGGGUCGAUACUUGGAGUUGGUGCAAGCGCAAUUGUAGCGCUCCUUCUUGCGCAUCGUCUCCGUGGACUCGCCUCCCUUUUGCCGCUGCUUACCCUAUCGCAAUGUUCAGUUUACAAAAGUCACGCUUGUUUAUUACGAAAUCGCUUUGCCUCACUUAUACGACGAUGCAAUGUCACUUUCAUCACCGACUCGAGUCGGAC